UGAACGAAAAUAAUAAAAUAAGCUAGCACAGGUUCAGUGUUGGCCGUCCAGAAUGUCCUGUGUUAGUAAUAAUUGUAAUUUUAGUUUAUGUUAAUUGCAUGUUAGUGUUUUAGAAAAAAGCUGUGAGUGCAGUGUUUUAUGUUUUCUUCUGGUUCUACGAUCGAAAAUCGACAAGCCAGAUAAUGGAGUACUGCCUGGCGGAUAUUGGAAUUCUCCGCAGAAAGCAAUCAGACAUAAUGGAGGAUUCGUUUGGGAAACCACUUUUCUCUUACCUUAGAGAAACCUAUUAUCAGCUAAAUGAGUCUUUGAACGUCAAAUCCUUUUUGCGAGAUGUGGUCCGAGUUCCGGAAUACGAACUAAAACAUCGCACCGAUGCUUCCGACAGUGAUACCGUCUAUUUGGCACUGUUUCUGAGGCGACUUCGUCCGGAAGAGUUCGAAGAUGUCGGUUGUAUUGUGCAGCGAAAGCGAAUGGUGGAGUUGUUUUUCCACGAAGUUGAACGGAACGAUUUUGUACGACAGCAGGAGUUGGAGCUGUGUCCGGGCCAAACCGAUGGUAGUACACUGUCUGUUGCACAGUUCUAUGAGAGGUUAAGAGAAACGCACACACAGGACGUUCUGGAUCCAUCGAUUCCCGCGGAUGUUAGCCACGAGCUGUUGAGACCAACUCUGAGACCGUAUCAGUGUAACGCGAUACGAUGGAUGCUGCACCGGGAGACCAUCCCGCAACGUUUACCGGCCCAGUAUGCGAGGUUGAGAAGCGCAAAUGUACCAGAUGUUGAAUUUUAUAUGUACUUGGACAGUUUCGAGGUUGUCGAUGAAAAGCCUGCGGAUAUCUGUGUACCUCCUGGAGGUAUUCUAGCCGAUGAAAUGGGUAUGGGGAAAACUGUUGAAAUUCUCGGUUUGAUGUUGUAUAAUCGUAAGAAAAAGCGUAAGUUUCAAGAACUUACUGCAGAUGAUAUUGAACAAGAAGUUCCAAAAGGUGAAUUACGAUGUAUUUGUAUUAAACAAUCCAAAAAGGGAUUGGUCACCUGCGGAAAGUGUGGCUUGCAGCAACACAGAAAAUGUGUUUUGAAAAAUUCCAUUUCUAACCAACAUCGAUACAUUUGCCCCGAAUGUUGGCGAUCAGAGCCGUUGGUCGAGGCCGGUACAACAAUAAUUGUAUCUCCUGUUGCGAUCAAGAUGCAAUGGGCGUCGGAGAUCUCGAAACAUAUUAAUGAUAAGAACUUUAAAAUAUUUCUAUACGAUGGCGUUGCCCAAAACGGUUGGAUUAGUCCGGCAGAUUUGGCCGAAUACGAUGCCGUUUUAACGGAUUAUAAUGUUUUGAAAACGGAGAUUUAUUACACGGCAGCUAAUACCCGAACUUCUCGUCACGAGAAACGGUUUCUAAGCCAGGUUUCGCCACUGCCGCUGGUUCGAUGGUGGCGUGUGUGCUUAGAUGAAGCCCAGAUGGUCGAAGGUGUUCACAAUCAAACCACCCGAAUGGUGAAAACACUUCCGGCCGUACAUCGGUGGACCGUUACCGGUACACCGAUCGAGAAGAGUAUGGAUAAUUUGUACGGAUUGGUGCAUUUUCUGGAUUACGCGCCAUACAACGAUUAUCGAUUGUGGACACAGUUAACGCAUCAUUAUCAAUUCGGUAAUCCGGUCCCACUGCUCACGGUGAUGUCGCGCAUAAUGUGGCGCACCUGUAAAGCGGCAGUUUUGGACCAGCUCGGCAUUCCACCACAGACGGAGCUUGUCCACUAUGUUACGAUGUCGGAUUUGCAGAGUUUUUUCUACCGAAUGGAACAUUCCCGGUGUGCUGCAGCGUUUCACGAGAAGGCCGAAAAACUGGGUAAUGAAAUUUGUGUCUCCAGAAUGAAUAUUCAUACUUUUAAUUUGCUGAUGGAACCGCUACGAAAGCUGCGACAGGAUUGCACCAUCGCAUCGGUUAUUCACCGUACGGACCAACUGACGACGAAGAAAUUACUAACUCCGACCGAACUGCGUGAACAUCUAAUCACUAACAACGAGAUAGAUUGUAAGGCACAGUUACGAUCAGUAGUUUCGAGCAUCAAUGGCAUGGCGGCGAUACAUGUGAUUCGGAACGAGUAUGAUCAUGCUAUCCGGUUGUACAAAUCGGUGCUGCGCUGGGCAGAUGAUUACAAAGGCACAAUAAGUGUCGAUACGCUGCUACAGAUACAUGCUCUCUAUAAUUUACUGGACGUUAUUAGGAUGAAACGAAUCGUUGGAGAAGAAACACCCGCAGAAGAAGUUUCUGUCUUCGAAGAACAGUGUGCUAAGCUUGAAUGGAAGUACAUUGAGACGUACUCAAAUACGGUGAAAAAUGUCGAACGUGAGCUAAACUCCGCGUCCGAAAAACUGUUGGAAACGUUGGUUAAGUUGGACCACACGGUAGAUGGACAUUGGUGGCGAAUUAUACUGUACCAAAUUGAUCGAAACACGGUUAAAUUGGAUAAUUUUUUGCUCAAGCUUAACGUCGAAGUCCGAAAUCAUUGCGGAAUGGCGGAGGAAAUUCGUUCCGUGCGUGGACUGGACUACGCACUGACGGUUUGGUUGGAUAAGGUCAAAAACCAUCGAGAGCAGCUGGAGAAGGCAUUUGAGAAGAUUGAUUAUUUUUGCUCCAACCUAAAACCGAAGCAUCUUUGGCCGGAAAAGGAUCGAAAUCGAAUUGAGAAACUAGUUCAGGAUGCGUUUCUUUGCCACCUGGAUCCCGAGUUGGAUGAAUUACCCGAAAAGGAGAAACAAAAGCGACCGACUUGCGUUCUGUGCAAGGUUAAAACCAUUCUGAAUCAGUACGAGUGUGUGAUUUUCCAGAAGCAAUUCAUGGAGAGCACCAACACCACCGAGGGUUCCUGGCAAAUGACGUCCAAUGAGGUGAUCAUUAGGCAAAUACAUUCCUUCUCGAAGAAAGAACAUUUUGACGAAAGCGUGAUCGGAUUAGGUGACUUGUACUUGUCCUACCUGGAGAGAUUGAAGGCGGAAUUCAAAGAAUACUCCAAGUACUGGGUGGAAAUUAAUUACACCGCUGCAGCUUAUGAUGAGUUGAAUAUGUGUCGUUCUCGGCUGCAGGUAGUCACGCUGGAAGAACUGGAGGAGAGCAACAGCCGAAAAACUAUCCAACAGAUAUUGGACUGCGAGGUAGACGAAACCUAUGAGGAUCUGCAUGCACAGAAAAUGAACUCCGAGCGGGAGUUUGUGCGUUUGAAGGGCACUUUGAAGUAUCUACAGCAUUUGGGUAGUACCGAGGAAAUCGAUCCUUGCCCGAUAUGUCGGAAUGUACCGGAAAAGUAUGCUGUACUUCAGUGCGGUCAUCACUUCUGCAUAGUAUGCGCACCGCAAAUAAUGCGAAUGGCUCGAAACCAGGGAAAUCAAAUAAGCUGCGUAGUUUGCCGUCAUAAACAGCGAGUUUCUGACGUCUACUACGUAACUCGUUCACAGUUUAGUUCCUCGGAACAGAUCAACGUGCGAGGUAACUACUCUAAUAAAAUUCUUAAAAUUGUAGAAACAGUUUUAGAGCUGAAACAUAAAGAACCCGAUGUGAAAAUUAUCAUUUUUUCUCACUGGGACCCGAUUCUAAUGAUACUGGCUAAGGCGUUGGACGAAAACGCCAUUACGUACCGCACAAGAUCCACAAAAUUUUAUCGCAGUAUCGAAGAGUUCAAAGAUUACCGAAACGACAUAACUUGUAUGCUUCUUCCGCUAAAGGCCGGCUCUAAGGGGCUCAAUCUAAUCGAAGCUACGCACGUCUUUCUGGUGGAACCGAUUCUUAACCCGGGCGAAGAGCUGCAAGCGGUCGGUCGAGUCCAUCGAAUCGGUCAAACAAGGGAAACGUUCGUGCAUAGAUUUAUCGUCAGCAGUACCAUCGAGGAAACGAUUCACGAAACCAUUCAAAAUGAUGAAACCGGCCGAUGGAGCUCACAAGAAGUAACGGUGGACAAUUUGGAACAGCUUUUUAAAUUGGAAGAACCUGACGAUGACUUAAUUGUUUUAAAUUAAAUCAAACAUAGGGCCGCAUUGAGGAAGUUUCACACGGCACGGCACAAAUACAAUUUAAUGUUUAACGGCGCCAAUUA